ACGGCCGGCGGCCUGUGCCAGGAGGUGGCGGAGGACAAAGGCGUGGAAUUCAGCAAGCAAGCCGUGGCGGCCAUCGCGGAGAUCACCUUCAGGCAGUGCGAGAGCUUUGCAAAAGACCUCGAAAUGUUUGCAAGGCAUGCAAAACGAAGUACAAUCACUACAGAAGAUGUGAAGCUUUUGGCUAGAAGGAGCAGUUCUUUGCUAAAGUAUAUCACUGAGAAGAGUGACGAGAUCACAUCAAGUAACAUGGAGCAAAAGGAGAAGAAGAAAAAGAAGUCCAGUGCAGCUAAGGGAGGGAGAACUUCUGGGAAACACGAAACAGCUGUGACUGAAAGUGAAGAUUCCAACAUGGCAUGA